AUGGCCGACACACAACAUGAAUACAAAUUCAAUGUCACCAUGAGCUGUGGCGGCUGCUCCGGCGCCGUGGAGCGUGUCCUCAAGAAACUUGAUGGCGUUAAAUCCUACACCGUCAGCCUCGAGUCUCAAACCGCAACCGUCUUCGCAGAACCUUCGCUCGAAUACGACACCGUGCUCAGCACUAUCAAGAAGACGGGCAAGACUGUGAAUAGUGGCGAGGCGGAUGGGCAUGAUGUCGGGUUGAGCGGGUUGGCGGGCCUGAUCGCGCAUGGCGCCCAUCAUUAA